AUGGCUGGCGCAAAGAGACUUGCCCAAUUGGCAAAGAAGUGGCAGAGGGUGGAAGCACUCGGGGGGAAGAGGCUCACAGUGUCAGCCAAGGAAGAUGAAGGUUGCUGCACUUCUGUACCAGCCAAGGGCCACUGCAUCAUGUACACGGCUGAUGGGAGGCGUUUUGAGGUCCCUUUGGUGUACCUCAACACGACGGUCUUCGGCGAGCUCCUGAGGAUGUCUCAGGAGGAGUUUGGCUUUGCAAGCGAUGGCAAGAUCACACUGACUUGUGAUGCCAUAGUCCUGGAGUAUGUCAUGAGCUUGCUCAGGAGAAAUGCCUCCGCUGAAGUCGAGAAUGCGCUGCUAUACUCUAUGGUGACUUUUUGCCACUACACUGGCUGUGUGAUGCCAGCCGUUGGACCAGCCAACAAAUUUGUUGUUUGUAGCUUCUGA